AAGGAAUAAUGCGAGUUAAUGGUCGGUUGAGCAAUUCAGCGGCAUUAUCAUACAACGAACGUUAUCCGAUUAUAUUACCCUAUAGCAGUCGAUUAGCCAAACUACUCACCCAAUUUACCCAUCUAAUAACCCUUCAUGGCGGCAACCAGCUAGUCUUACGACUUAUGCGUUCGGAAUUCUGGAUACCGAAGCUGAAAACCCUCAUCAAGUCUACCAUUCAUCAGUGCAAAACUUGCGUUUUGCACAAAAAGCGUAACACUACUCAGAUUAUGGCAGCACUACCCGCAGAACGUACCACCUUAACCCGUCCAUUCGCAGCAACAGGAAUCGAUUUCGCCGGUCCCUAUGACAUAAAAAAUUACACCGGCAGAGCAUGUCUGAUCACAAAAGGUUAUGUAUGCGUAUUUGUUUGUUUUGCAACCAAAGCAAUACAUCUAGAGCCAGUAAGUGAUCUCACCACCAACGCAUUCAUGGCCGCAUUCGCACGUUUCUUUUCCAGGCGCGGAUGUCCCGCCGAUCUCUAUUCGGACAAUGGAACUAAUUUCGUUGGAGCGUCUAAACUUUUAAUUAAAGAUCGGCGAGAAUUCAUGAAGUCAUUGAAAACUCAAUUAACAGCUAGUGAAGCACACCAAAACAUCAACUGGCACUUUAAUCCUCCAGGAGCUCCACACAUGGGUGGACUCUGGGAAGCAGGAGUGAAAAGUUUAAAGAGCCACUUGAAAAAGGUGUCUCAGAACCAGAAAUUCACUUUCGAAGAACUAGCAACCCUUUUAACCCGAAUCGAAAGUUGCUUGAAUUCUCGCCCUUUAAGCCCAUUAAGUGAAGACCCAACAAAUUUAGAACCUUUAACUCCAGGUCAUUUCUUAAUAGGUACCCCUUUAUUAAUCCCAGCAGAACCUAACUUAGAAGAUGCACAUCUAAGCAUCGCACAAAGAUGGCAGAAACUGAAGAUACUCCAUCAACACUUCUGCAAACGAUGGAAAGAAGAAUAUUUGAAAGAACUCCACAAAAGAUAUAAGUGGAAAUACCCUCAACGCAACAUAGACGUUAACGAUAUGGUAGUUAUACGUCAAGAAACUCUACCCCCAAAUGAGUGGAGACUUGGUCGCAUCGAAAAAACGUAUCUCGGUGCAGACAACAAAACAAGAAUAGUUGACAUACGUACCUCUCAGGGAAUAAUUACCCGCCCAAUAACCAAAAUAGUCACUUUACCAAAUAAUUAAUCUUAUUUCCUUAUAGUGACAUGGCCCCUCAAAGCAGUACGAAGUCCAUUUGCAGCCGCCAAAGCAGCCCCACAUUCACUGUGCGAUCCCUCAGCUCGACUCGUAGCAUCAGCCCACUCUCCGACGAAGGAACCCUGGCAAGACGCCUGCAUCGCUUUAAAGCGACCCUUUCCCCCAUUCGAGAGGAGCGUGGAAAUACGAAUCGCACGGCCCGACGUACCAUCAGCCGUUCCUCUAUUAGAGAAGAACGAGGAAGUACCCAUCGCACAGCCCGGCGUACUAUCAGCCGUUCAUCAAAGCGAACGCACAAACACGUCGCCUGUGGAUUGUGUAAAAAAGACCAUCGACUGGUAACGUGUUCAAAAUUCACCAUAAUGAACAUUAGCGAAAAGUUUGACGCAGUCAUUAAACAUAAGUAUUGCGUCAAUUGCUUGGCCAGAUCGCAUUCCACCCAAAAGUGCACAAGUAAAAAACGAUGUGCCACGUGUAACGGGGAACACCAUUCAACCCUACAUGGACACCCCAGGUUGUUUUGCGAAGAGCAAAAGAAAACAGCAAAAGGCAAAAAGCGAUUACACGGACAAGAGGAUCUACCCACGUUACUGGCCAAGCCGACCCUCAUCCCAACCGUCAUGGUCAAAGUGAAACACGAUGGCAAAUGGCACAAAAUACGAGCCAUAAUAAACCCGACCCGAAAAGUGACCAUGAUUGCGUCAGAACUGGUCCAGAGUCUGAGGUUACCGAAAACGUACCUCGACUCGUAUCGUAUAUGUAAAGUCGUAAUCGGAUCAUUAACUGAUUCCGACUGGCACGCCGAAGUUAACUGCCUAUUGACGCAUGAUUUACCGACCCGACCCUAUAAUCGUGACUUAAGUGGCGAAAUCAUUAAAAAGUUCGACCACUUAGUCCUAGCCGACCCUACAUUUUGGAAAGACGACAAAAUCAUGUUGGAACUGGGAGCUGACAUCUACCCAAGAUUGAUGAAACCCGGCUUAUUCAACCCCGAUAACAGCACCGUGAUCGCACAAAACACCGCACUCGGUUGGACUUUAACCGGUGCUUGUGCGAUUUAAAACCCAAAUCUAAAAAUCUUUUUAUUCGCAGACACUGCAAGGCGGCCGGGAUGUUCAUACCAAAUGAACACAUCCCUGCAUUGUCCUCCUAACUCGUCUAAAUACGAAUUAGAGGACAAUGCAAAAAACACCCAACAGCGCCAACAUAACAGCGAAGCACCCAACGAAACAAAAAGACACAAUAAAACGAAUCACCAUAGCGGACGGACACAUAGGCGCCAAAAGCAGCAGCAAUAUCAGCAGCAAUAACAACCACAGCAGCAUCAGCAGUAUCAGCAGUAUCAGCAGCAACAAAUAGCAGCAAUCACCACAACAGAAUCAUCUUCUCAACGCGGGAAAAGCUCAACCACAUCAGGUUACCCAUAAAUUUGUAAUUAGAUUAAGUAUAAUCAUAAUUAGUUUUAUACAUUAUCAUACAAUUAUACACAUCCACACAUACUCACCCAAUUGUACUUAUUAACCCGUACACAUACAUAUAAGUAUUUUAUAUUUAUUCAAAUAUAAUCAAAUUGAAUUGUUACCCGA